GCCGGGGGUGCCCGUCCCAAUGGCGGCGCUGAAGUACGCGGGGCUGGAGGACACGGACAGCGAGGAGGAGCUGCCGCCCGGCUGGGAGGAGCGCACCACCAAGGACGGCUGGGUCUACUACGCCAAUCAUCUUGAAGAAAAAACACAGUGGGAGCACCCUAAAUCUGGAAAGAGGAAACGUGUUGCAGGAGGUCUGCCAUAUGGAUGGGAGCAGGAGACUGAUGAAAAUGGACAAGUCUAUUUUGUGGACCACAUAAACAAAAGAACUACUUACCUUGAUCCAAGAUUGGCAUUUACAGUUGAAGAUAAUCCAGUAAAGCCUACUACUAGACAAAAAUAUGAUGGCAACAGUACUGCAAUGGAAAUCCUUCAGGGUCGUGACUUGAGUGGAAGAGUGGCUAUAAUCACUGGAGCAAAUUCAGGAAUAGGUUUUGAAACUGCAAAGUCUCUUGCACUGCAUGGGGCUUAUGUUAUCCUGGCCUGCAGAAAUAUGUCAAGGGGCAAUGAUGCUGUGCAGCGCAUUCUUACAGAAUGGCAUAAAGCCAAGGUAGAAGCAAUGACCUUAGACCUUGCUUCUCUUCACAGUGUGCAGCUUUUUGCUGAAGCAUUCAAGUCCAAGAAUAUGCCUCUUCACAUACUGAUCUGUAAUGCUGCCAUUUUUGGUGCUCCAUGGUGCUUGACGGAGGAUGACCUGGAGUCUACCUUCCAGGUGAAUCACCUGGGGCAUUUUUACCUUGUCCAGCUCCUUGAAGAUGUUCUACGUCGUUCAUCUCCUGCAAGAGUAGUUGUGGUGUCCUCAGAAUCACACAGAUUUACAGAAAUUAAAGACAACUCUGGGAAGCUUGAUUUCAGCCUGCUUUCUCCAUCUAAGAAGGAGUAUUGGGCUAUGCUGGCCUACAAUCGUUCCAAGCUUUGCAAUAUACUGUUCUCCAAUGAGCUGAACCGACGCCUUGCUCCCCACGGGGUGACGUCUAAUGCUGUCCAUCCUGGAAACAUGAUGUACUCCUCGCUUCACCGGAGCUGGUGGGUGUACACCCUGCUGUUUACCUUGGCUCGGCCUUUCACCAAGUCCAUGCAACAAGGAGCUGCCACCACCGUCUACUGCGCCACGGCGCCGGAGCUGGAGGGCCUGGGCGGGAUGUACUUCAACAACUGCUGCCGCUGCCCGCCGUCCUCGGAGGCGCAGAGCGCCGAGACGGCCGCCGCGCUCUGGGAGCUGAGCCAGGGGCUGCUGCAGCAGCGCCCCGGAUGCCGGGGCCCCUAGUCCCGCCGGGGCCCCUAUUCCCACCGGAGCCCCCA